AUGGAGACCCCGAGGCUUCCUGCGGCGGCAGCAGCAACAAAUAAGCCGGCUGCUUCUAAACCUCCUCUAGUGCGUUUGGGGGCCCUCUUAAGCAGUGUAGGGGCCCUCAGCAGCUCGCCUACAGCAGCAGAGGUGCUGAACACGCAGCAGCAGCAGCAGCUUCAGCAUGAGCUGCAGCAACUGCUGCUGCAGCACCUUGCUGCUGCCCAGCAGGAAGGCCGUGCUGUUGCUGCGCCUCUUUCUGUUGCUGCUGAAAUGGAAGAAAGGGCAGAGCUUUUCUCAGAGCUACAUGAAAUACUUAAAACUGCUGCUGCUCCCCCUUCCCUCAUUUCUCAGCUUGCUGCUCUGCUGUUGUCGAGGGAGCAGCAGCCGUUGCAGCGGCCGCAUGCAAUCCUUAAAGUGCUGCUGCUACUCUCGAGGUCCCCAGAGUUUCAGGCAUCGCGCAAGCAGCACAAUCAUGCUGCUGCUGCUGCAGCAGGGCACGCAGGGCGUGAGAAGGGCUCUGCAAAGGGGUUCACCGCCAACAGCAACCAGCCCGCAUCAUCUGCAGCAACAGAAGCAGCAGGCGCGGCAGAAGCGAAGGAAGGAGGCGUAUUGGCACAGUCUCAGCAGCAUCUUGCGAUGUCUCUUAGCCAUCAGCGUGCAGCAGCAAACAGCAACUCCCUCCCCCUUGUGCAGCAGCGAGAAGUCUUUUCUUAUGGAAUUGACGGCCGAUUUAUUCGAUUUGACGUCGAACUGCAGACAGCACAAAUUUGUCCCCCUGUGAAGGCAUCAAGAAGUGUCCUCGGUCUCGUGGCUCGAGUAGCCGCAUUGGGAUGUAUGUACACCCGAGUUAAAGCCUUUAUUGAAGGCCCUAAGACGUCCUUCCUGUCUUCUCGCCCUCUGACAGCGGAGGCAUUUCGCCAAGGUAUUGCUGCGGAGGUGCAGCAGUACUUCAAGCUCAUUGCAAUCCUAGAAGAAGAUAUAUCACGCGCUGAAGCCUUGCAGAAUGCCCCAACAGCAGCAGCAGCAGCAGCAACAGCAGCGGCACAGAGCAGCACGCCGACUCUAAGGCGUCUCGCAGUUUGGCUGCAGGGCCCUUACCAACGCAUGCGCCUCCUCACAUCCUUGACGGAAGCUGCUAAGGGUCUCAAGGGUGCUGCUCUUCUUUCCACCAUUUACGCUUACUGCUCUACAGGCGAUUCGGAGCUGCGUGCUGUGGCCCUUCAAAUUGUGAGCAGCUUCUGCUUGAGCAGCCGAACGACCGCACAGCAGCAGCAGGAGCAACAGGAAGCAGCAGGCAGCAGCAUCAUGGAGGCUUCUGGCUUUGAAAUCCUGGUGCUAUUUCUGGCUUCGCUGCUGAAGUGGCGCCGCCUGCUGCAUCAGCUGCUGCUGCUGCUGCUGGCGGCGAUGCUGCAGCAACCAGUGCUCAAUUCGCUGUUGCUGUUCUGCUGCCACAGGGACGAGUCUGGGGAAUUUUUUAUUCGGGAGGCGCCCCAAGACCCGCAGCAGUCAAGUUGGCGUUCGAGGUUUGUGUUGGUACGGGAGAAUAUCCCGUCCUUCAUGCCGCCGCUGCUGCCGGAGAGGCUGUUGUUGGCAGGCAAAAGCGUCCUCUACAGCCAGCUGUUAGAGCGGCCAGUUAAAGCCACAGUAAAUCCACUGCAGCAACGGGAGCUCCCUGCCACUUUGCAAGAGCUGCUAUCCCAAGAGGAACAGCAGAAGCUGCUGCAGAGCCCGGAACAGCAGGACGAGCAACAGCAGCAAGAGCUGCUGCUGUCACAACGCUUCCAUAGUCAGGAUCUCGCUUCACGGCAGCAGCAACAACAACAACUGCUGCUGCAGCAAGAGAUGCUGCGGCAGCCACACGACCCGGAGCUGCCGCUGCUGCAGAAGAUUGACGCUCGCGUUGCUGCUGCGUCAACAAAGGGCAACCAAAGGCAAGCGCGAACAGCAGCAGUAGCAGCAGCAACGCCAAGGGUGGCAAGCGCGACCGCACAAUCACACAACUCAGGCUACGGAGGACAAACGCAGGAAGGCAUCACAGCAAAAGCAACAGCGGCAGCAACAGCAGCAGCAACAGCAGCGGCAACAGCAGUUUUCUGUAUAGUUGUAUUUCGUGUGUAUCGUUCAAUGCUCAGAUUGGUGGCGCUGCUGCUGUGGGAACAUCAGCUCCUGAGCUGCUUAGAGGCGAUCCGAAGAUUCCUGCUGCUGGCUGACGGCGACUUCACCUCCCAGCUGCUCGACGCGGCAGCUCAGCAGCAGCAGCAGCAGCACGGUGGAAGCAUUUCUCUGCAGCCCCUCAUCCUUUCGGCCAUUGAUACAGCAGCGCGGCAAUGCAGCAGCGGAGCCAGUCUAUUUGCUGCCGCUCCUUCUCUGGCAUUCGCUUUAACGGCGCGCUUUCCUCACACAUCCUAUCUGCAGCAGCAAAAUACCAGCGGCAGCAGUGGUGGCAACAGCAGCAACAACGCUUGCAGCGCUCUGUGGAGGGGCCUCGUGCUGCACCUUCGGAUUGAGGAACCUCUGAGAUUCUUCAUUGGCGACGAAUUGCUGCAACUGUGCCACAAAAUGUUUGCUCUCCUCUGGAAGAGUCACCAGACCCACCGCCAGCUGCACUCCGCUUGGCUACGGGGCGGUUCGUUGCAGAAGCAACUGCGACAGCAGCAGCGCGCUGCGGCGGCGGCAGCAGCAGCAGAACGUGCAUCAGGGGCAGCCGCCGCCGAACGGAGUCUGGUUUCCCGGGCCACUGCAGCAGCGAGGGAGGAGAUACUUAUCAUGCAGAUCGCGCAGUUAACGCAUCUGCUCAGCGAGAUGUUGCACUUUUCUCGACAUUGGCUCGAUUUCGCCCACCAGGACAUCCUCCGCCCUAACUGGACCCACCUCUACAAAGCCAUCCCCAAGUGUCGCGACGUCGAUGAAUUCCUCGAGCUCUUGUGGCAGUGCAUUCAGCAGCAACACAAGGUCUUCAUGUUGCGCUUUCAGGAGUUUCGAUUUGCUGCGGCAGCAGAGGAGCAGCUUCGAGGGCCCCAUGAAGAUCUGGCACCUGCUGACGCAGCAGUCAGCAGCAGCAGUAGCAGCAGCAGCAUGAUUAUGGUUGAAGAGCAGCGACAGCUGUUCCGGCAGCAGGUGUUGCGGCUGUUGCUCCUGCUGGACUCAAAACAGAGUGAAGUCCGAGCAGCAGCAGCAGCUGCUGCGCAGGCAACUAGUAGCAGCAGUAGCAGCAGCAGUAGCAGAAGCCGCAUGCAUCUGGACCACUGCAUGGCGAUAAGGUCUCUUUGCCUGCGCCUCGAUUUCAACGACUUCUACGAACACCAACGCCAAAUGCAGGCGGCUGCUCCGCAUCAGCGCUGCGACACCGCGGUUCCGCGUUUCCCCUCGUUUUUGCUGCAGCAGCAGCUCAGUGCUGCCACCACAAGCAGCAGCAGCAGCAGAAGUAACAGCAACGCCCGCACGUCGGACAAGAGGUCCGAUGGCUUCAACACCACCCCACGUGUAUUGAACACCGAUGAAGCAGGAGGUGCUCUGCCUGGGGGGCCUGUGUUUAUCUCCAAGCUGCAGCAACAGCUGCAGCAACAGCAACAGCAGCCCUUUGCUGAGGAGCUCACGCGGCCACCCACAGCGUGCGAAGCCUCAGGGCCGUCGUCUCCGCUUCCGUAA